AUGGCAUCUGUCAACCGAAAGAUUGCUAUCGGCAUUGAAAAUGGAACCCCUUACAAAUGGCAGGCUCUGAAUACAUACUUUUACCAUGGUACAUCUGAUAUAAUUUUACCUGAAUUUGUAAAGGAUGGAAAGGCGGGUCUGUAUACUGCCCGCAAGGCUUUAGGCCCUGUAGCUAGAGGAGUUGUGGGUGUGUUUACUUACUACAUGGAAGGUGCUGACAAGACCGUAGCAGUCAUGUUCAGUGUACCAUUCCAUCACAACUUGUACAGCAACUGGUGGGAUGUUAGGAUUUAUAGAGGGGAGCAAAGAGCCUCUUAUGAGAUGUAUGAAAGCAUGUACUACCACGGUAAACCUUAUAAAGGGGAUGAUGGCUGGCAUACCAAACCUGCAAAUGGGUUCCAGAUAAAAGGAGUAAUGACAAGCGGUGGAGAGUGUGUAUUGGAAUUACAUAUCACUAAGUGA